GAAAUAUCACAUUAUUCUGUUGAUCUUACGUAGAAGUGGGUAUUAGUCGAAAUGAGCGGUCGUGGAAAGGGAGGAAAAGGAUUGGGAAAAGGAGGAGCAAAGCGUCACAGGAAGGUACUUCGUGAUAAUAUUCAGGGUAUCACGAAGCCAGCUAUCCGUCGACUUGCCCGCCGUGGUGGUGUAAAACGUAUUUCUGGUCUGAUCUACGAAGAAACACGUGGUGUUCUUAAAGUUUUCCUUGAGAACGUUAUUCGUGACGCUGUCACUUACACCGAACAUGCAAAAAGGAAGACUGUUACUGCCAUGGAUGUGGUUUAUGCCUUGAAACGUCAAGGUAGAACCCUUUAUGGUUUUGGUGGUUAAAUUACUAUCACUGCGAUUAAGUUUUUACUUAAAAACGGCCCUUUUUAGGGCCAACAAAAAAUUUAAACAUAGAACUUCUAUCAUUUCAACAUAUCCAUUAAUUAUUAUUAAAUAUACAUUAUUUUGAUACUAUUGUUAGCUUGCAAUAGCACUUUACUCGACACAAAAACAAUGUCAAUAGAAGUAACAGUGUAUAUUAUAGUAAUAUUAACAUUUGGUAAUAAUAUUUUUGUUUGAAUUAUUAAGCGAUCACUGUACUUGUUGAGUACAAUUUUGUAUUGCUAAAACCAAAAGUAUGCAGCGAAAUUACAAUACGAAUACAAUAAUUACGUAAAAACCAUCAGUGCAUAUACAGUUAACCAAAUUAUUAAUCAUUAUUAGGCGAACACUUAAAAAAUGUUAAUACAUUACAGUUUAGAAAUUAAAAGCAAAAUUUAUUUUAGCACGAAGAAAAUUAAUAUAUGGUACUUGUUAAAUUCCUGCCAUAUGUAAUUCUCUAUUAGAAACGCUCAGUCCACACGCAUCAUUCACAGCCAAGGGUGCACUUUCUUGCUCUCUUCCCUUGCCCAGAUACACAAACGUAUAGCUGUUUCGCAUAAACAAAUCAGUAAGCGAUUAAUGUUUAGUAACAGCUCACAACCUGUGAAGAAGUCAGUGCUGAAUGAAUGAGUUGUCACUGAGCUGUGUCACAGAUGUAUGCAAACAAAUGAGUUGUGAAUAAUGUCGAAUGUUAUUGAUGCUCCAUAUUUCCUGCUUCGUAGUUAGAAAGACUCGCUUGUAGAAAGCUGAAAGCAGGAAAUUAUUAAAACAGGAACUAUAAUUAUUUUAACAUGUAAAUAAACAAAAUAAUAAAAACAAACUUAUGUUAAUUUUUACAAGACAAA